CAGUCCAAUUAAGUUUUCGUCGGCAGUGACAUCAUGGAUCAGUGGAUCGUAGUGCUCGCUUUGUUUAUAGUGCUGCUCGGGUUGCUCUAUAAAUGGUCGGUGGCUAAAUACGAUAUAUUUCGGGAGAGGGGCGUGGCCCAUGAGAAGCCCUGGCCACUGAUUGGCAACAUACCCAUACGUGCCAUGUUCGGCGGAAUGCCUGUGCUGAAACACAUGAUCCAGAUGCAUCUGAAAUACUCCGGAUCGUCUGUAUAUGGGAUAUAUGCCCUAAGGGAUCCAUACAUCUUCGUUCGCGAUCCGGAGCUCAUCAAGCUGAUUGGCAUCAAGGAGUUUGACCAUUUUGUCAAUCACCAUCAGAUGCACAACAACAUGCAGGAAUCGAUACUGUCCAAGAGUCUGAUUUCGCUGCAGGAUGGCCGCUGGCGGGAGAUGCGCAAUAUACUGACGCCUGCCUUUACCGGCAGCAAGAUGCGGGUCAUGUACGACCUGAUCCAUGCCUGCAGCGUUGAGGGCGUGCUCUACGUCCAGGAGCAGCUACAAACCGGCACCGCCGCAGGCAUCGACCUGGAAAUGAAGGAUUACUUUACGCGAUUCGCCAACGAUGUGAUUGCCACCGUAGCCUUCGGGCUGAGCGUCAACUCGUUCAGGCGCAAAGAUAACGAGUUCUUUCGCAUCGGCCAAUCCCUGUCUGUCAUAAGCGCCUGGUCGAUGGUCAAGGCUAUGCUUCACGCCCUGGUUCCCCGUCUGAUGAAGCUUCUACGCAUCCAGGUGAUGGACACCGCCAAGAUUAAUUACUUUACCAGUCUGGUCAACGUGGCGAUGAAGUACCGGCAGGAGCACAAUGUCAUUAGGCCCGAUAUGAUACACCUCCUUCUUGAGGCCAAGCAACAGAGGCAUGCGGAGCUCAAGGAUCAGACGAAGGAUGCUCGGUUUUAUAAGGAGUUCACCGAUGAGGACCUAUUGGCCCAGUGCCUGCUGUUCUUCUUUGCUGGAUUCGAGAUCAUCUCCUCCUCCCUGUGCUUUCUCACCUACGAGCUCUGUUGGAAUCCGGAAGUGCAGGAUAAGUUGUACGAGGAGAUCCUGUCUGUGAAUCAGGAGCUUAAUGGUGAACCUCUGACCUAUGACAAGCUGACCAAGAUGCGUUACCUGGACAUGGUGGUGUUGGAGGGUUUGCGCAAGUGGCCACCGGCUAUAUCCACAGAUCGAGUGUGCUGCGAUGAUAUUGAUUUGUGUGAUGAGAAUGGUGCGAAAUUGUUUGCCGCCCGGAAAGGGGAUGUCCUGCAGAUACCCAUCUUUGCGCUCCACCGUGACCCUGAAAACUUCCCGGAUCCCGAGACCUUUGAUCCUGAGAGAUUCGCCGAGGAGCGACGGGAUGAGAUGAAGCCCUGCACUUUCCUAUCCUUCGGAGUGGGGCCCCGCAACUGCAUUGGCAAUCGAAUGGCUCUCAUGGAGCUGAAGUCGAUUGUCUACAAGCUUUUGCUGAAUUUCAAGCUGCUGCCGGCUGAAAAGACCUCCAGGGAUAUACUGGAGGACAUUGUGGGUCACGGGCUGAAGCCAAAGAAUGGCUUCUGGCUGAAGUUUCAGAAGCGUCAGUAAAAAAAGGAAACAGCGAUUGCAUCUUUGUUCAUUAAUCGACUGCAGAUUUUUCAAUUAAAACUCGCAUGCACCAUUAAUCAAUCAACGGACGCGGGGAUGGCUGGGGGUUUAUUUAAUUAAUUUUAGUGCAAAUGUCUUGAGUUAAUCGAGAGUAAUUGGCGAAACAUCAGCCCGAGGAGCGAUGCUGGUGACAGGCGCCGCUGGCCCCGACAUACAUGCGCUCCUCUCGAGCUCCUUGUCCGGUCCUCGGUUGACGCCGGCGGAAAAACAGAAACUCCGGCGGAAAACGGGACGACGCAGCUGAGGGGCCGAAAAGUUUUUGA